GUGAAAUACUCAUUGCAAUCGAACACGAGUCGCACGGUUGUCGUGAAAAAAAACCGAAAAUAUGAAUAACAAUUCUUGCAAAUAUUAUACCGAGAGGACACUAGGAUGGAUGUUGAACAACAAAACGAUAGUGAUAUUAUCACUGUUGUCGUUCUCCCUGUUUGUUUCAACCUUGGCUAUUGCUGGACAGAGGAACAGAUUGUCUACUGAGCUCCAGGACUUGAAGAAUUCCUUGACGACGCUAGCACCUGGGCAGCAGACUCCCGCUCCCGAACCUGCAACAACUACCACGUUAGCGACUCCCACAGACCCACCCGCAGCUCCGGAGAACACAGACCCUCCAGCAGGUGGCGGUGCUGGAGGUGACAGUAAAAGUAAUGACGAUAUUCCAGCAGAUUCAAGAGGUCAUAUGGCAGAGCUUAGUGCAUCGACAAGCUAACAUCAAUAGUGUACGAAAUAAUCAUGAAAAUAUCUCAACCGAAGCGGGCACGUAAGACAAAGUUAUAGUUCCAAGGUAUAAAAGCAGUUUUAACAUAAAAGUUAGAUAUUCUUUGAAAAUCCAGUGCUAUUUUAGUAGUUUAAUUUGUGUUGUGAAAUUAUGUUAUGUGUGCCAUUUAAGUAGGUGUAAUUGCCUUCGCAUAUUCGGCAUGGCAAGGCUCCGAUACCCGACGAAUUUGAUGUCUUUUGACGGGUAUCUG